AUGACAACGGUGCUAGUGGAAAGGAACGAAAAUCAGCUGCGCCCCCGGGAACAAGCGUACUACCAUGUGGAGGUGGAGCCCGCGCCGGACGACUGUGGCAGUGGGUCAUCUCCGAGGUCCUCGUUGCACACCAGUACUAACCUCGCCACCAGUUUGAAUUAUCAACAAAUAGCUCGGUUCGAGACCACCAGCAGUGUGUUCGCGGCGGAAACGGUAAGCGUUUUAACUGUUGCCGUGGGGGAGUCGCAGGCGGCCCGUUCCGUGGACGACUUAGAUGAGUUGGAUGAUGUAGACAACGCGAUUCAGACAGAGUACGCGCCUGUGGGCGAGAGUGUGGUCGCAUUGCCAGCACCACAUCAGGUGGUUUCGACAAGUGGGCCGCGGGGUGGCACGAAAUUAGGUGGCCAGCACUCGGUGUCCUCGCGCACGAUAGAACUCCGGUCGGUGGUGGGGGAAGAAGAUCAAAGAGCAGCUGUGCGGCAAAAGAACAGGCCCGAACUACAUCAAGUUCGAGAUGAUCGAGUUAUUGACCUUGAGGCGCAGCAGGAAGAUGAGGAUGAAUUUACGUUUCUCGGCAGCAUCCAAACUGGACGUGCUGGUCCCAACAUUGCAUCAGGGGCCAAUGGCCCUUUAUUCAGCGGAGGGCCUGCAACUCCUCACAGUUCCAACAACAGAGGUGGUAAUUAUAUGUCGGGAGUCGUUCCACGUCCACCACCACCGCCCAGCAGCACGGGUAUUGUGGCCUCGGGAUCGGUGACCACUUUGGCGCAGACACGGAGUGGAACUGGUGGUAGGCGAGGCGGGACGUCGAGUGCUGCGCGCAGAGGAGCCGGGCUCACGAUAGACACGACGACGGGUAACGCGGUCGUUGGAGAUCAACAUCCUCAAGGCACGAAUUAUGGAGGUGAAGACGUCGUACCUAAUAACGGUGGCCCACGCGAUGCCCCCGGAGAAGAACAUCAGGAACAACAGCCAGGAGACCACCGCCAUCAUCACCACCAUCACUCUUCUCGUCACAGGCGCGGCACAACAUCAAGGCCGCGUCGUUCCUCUUCGCGCAACAGCGGUGCGUUGUCGUUUCUGCACCUGGAUCCGCACCUCGCACACCUGAACGAGCGUGAAUACGCCUUACGCGACCGGCAGCGCUUUGAGUGGAAACGGUUUUUUGAUGCGCGCGUCGCCGACGUGGUGCCGGACCGGGUGUGGCAGCGGUGCGGGCCCUUUCUGCAGGACUGGUGGACCGAGUACCCGCUGUGGCUGUCCCUGGCGGUGGAUGUGUCCACGGGCAUGGUGCUUUCCGGGGUGGUUUUAGGGUGUUUGUACCUGUCCGGUGCGCUGGGACACAGCGAGGACGACUCGGUGGGUGAGUGGGUGUUGCCCGCCAUUCUGUCGCUGACCAGCGGCGGCGUGUUUUUACACGUGUUGCUGAUCGCCUACAACCGUGAGCGGUUCUCGGUGCUGAUGAUCCUCGCGCGGGACUACUACGAGGGCAGCCGGCUGGAGUCCGUCUACUUGUCCAACCAGGCGCUGGCCCGCAACCGCGACGGCAGCCCGAUGGCGGGGGCGGAGGUGCGCCGGUUCGAUGCCUACCGCCCGCACUGCAUGGCCGUCAGCACGGUCGGGAACCCCGUUUUCCCCGCGGACGACGAAGAAAACGACAGUCGGAGUGCUGGCAGUAGCACCAACAGCGGGCUCAUGACGGAAAUUCUCGGCUCCGUCCCUACCGACAUACAACCUCCCCCGGGAGGUCUAGACACGAGCAAUGGCGGGGGCGCAGCGGUUGUGGCAGGAGCGGCCACGGGGGGCACCGGUGCGGUGGAUCCGUUGUUUCCCAACAACAGAUCCUUGCCCUCGGCGCCAGGAGGUUUUUUACACCAGCACGCAGAGCAAGCCAGCGUCGCGAGUGUGUGUAGCACGACUGCCGCGGUGCCGGGCAGUUCGGUCGCGGGGCGGAGCAGUACCCGGGGCCUUGAUCUGGCGUCCGAGCAAUCACAGAUUUUGCCGCGCACUGCCAGGAGUGGAGAGGACGAUAGUGCUUCCGUUGUCGCUGGUACUUCUGCAGCGGCCUUUAGUAUUGCCGAGUUUCCGGCGACUGCGACAGUCCCAAUGACGCCUGCUGUAGUCGUGUUAGGGCAACCGGCGUUGGUAGGCUUGAAGAGUAAAGACAGCGGCGCUUCCACUUCUGGCGACGACGGCAAGGGUGGUGCGCAUAGACAUAAUGCAACAACAGAAAGAGGAAAUCGAGUAGACCACAAGCGAGAGGGUGCAGUUGAGCAGGUGGAGCACAAAAAUCAAGAUAGUUUAGGACAACUAAACGGGCAGAAAGCGGUAGCAGAUGCCGACGCGGCGGAGCUAGCGCGAUUGCAGAACGUUCCAUCGUCUUCCUCUAGUCCACCGAUAUUGGCUUGUUCCAGCGCGCCGCCAGACAGAAACCUCCCACCUCCCACCGCGCAGGAUCCCCGCAAGGACACCAGCCGGGGGUCCUCGUCAACGGAUCUACGUACAGAUGUAAUUCAGCUUCCGGGAGAGGUUGUGCCGGUAGAUGAAGACGCUCCACCACCGCCGUUCGUGGCAGUGGAGAGAGGUCAAGAUUCAACACAGACCGUACUAGAACGAGGCGAUGGAGAAAGACAAGAGAGCAUCGGUGCUGCCGCAGCCGACGGAGCAGCUGCACCAGAUGAAAGUAAUUCUUCUUCGAGUUCCUCCACCGGCUCGGAUGUCACCUCCGAGUCUCGGACGACCGUAGAGGACGACCUAGACCCGGAUGAGAUCGCCGAUGGGGAAAUCUUGGCAAUCCGCCACGCCCUGGGCCAGCCCAUUGUUCCCGUGCCCCCUAGAAUCGGAGGGAGAAUAGCGCCAAGUUGGGAACCGGGGACCAAGAAGGAUGCGGAUUUGCUGUGA